UUUUUAAAGUCACGAGACCCACUGUCCCUUUGUUCUUUCAAUUUUCUGAGAGAGAGACAGAGAGGGAGCAGAGGAACUGAUAGAGAACUUUCAAACUUCUUUUUCUACCACCAUCACUCAACUAGCCUCUAUAUUGCAGUCUCAAACUGAAAGUCUUAUAAUUUUUUCUAAAAGCUUUAGUGUUAUCUUCCCAUCUGAAAGAUUGUUAACCUCAUAUUUUUCUGUCUUUCUCUGUCGGUACCAUGAGACCCGAGGGGAACCCCUUGGACCUCAAUAACUUGCCUGAUGAUUUUAGAGAUCAUGGUAAACAGGCCUUCGACGACAGCUCCUCAUCCGGCUAUAGGAAAAAGAAGAGCGGCGGAAAGGAUGGAAAAGACGAGUGUGGGAAGGUCUAUGAGUGUAGGUUUUGUUCCCUCAAGUUCUGCAAAUCCCAGGCUCUCGGGGGACACAUGAACCGUCACCGCCAAGAGAGGGAGACAGAGACACUAAACCGGGCUCGUCAGCUGGUCUUCAGUACCGAUAGCCUGGUCGCCCAAGGAGCAUCUCACCUGAGCUGCUGCCAACCAGUCACACCGGCGGGGUACCAUCCAGCUGCAAGCAACAUCGGAGACCCGGCAAUGGCUCUCAGGUUCCCGAGAUUCUUCAGUACCGGUUCUCCAGCCACCCAGUUACCACAACCACCUCAACCAUAUUUAUACUCCUCUCCGCCGCGCCCCAUGUCCUUUCCUACACCUUAUCCUCAACAUCCAAUCAACGAUUACUAUGUCGGCCAUGUUCUCAGCAGCAACCAACAAUGCAGCCACCCAAACUACGGCGCCCCAGAUUCUAGUUACACUUGCAUUGGUGCGCCGGUCGGGCAAGGGUUUCCUCCGGGAGGCAGCAGCCGGCCGGCUGGAGCGGAGUUGGUAGGAUCAGCAGAGGGAGGCUCUGGUAGAGACGGGUCACUGCAGAAUCAGGAGGAGGGAUUGAAUUGGGGCCGGAGCUUUGCAGGUACACAGCAACGUAUGGAUCCUCCAGCACCGAUCAAUCGGUUUCAAGAUGGGUUCUAAAGAGAGAUUUUUUGAGUGAUAGUUUGAAGUACUACUAUUAAUCUACAUUGACACGCCACCCACAAAGACAAAGAUAGAGAGAGAGAGAGACCUAACAAGCUGACAGAUGGGGUCGUGAAAGGAAGGAGAGAGAGACAGAGGUAUUUGGAUUUUCUUCAGGGAUUAUGCAGCUUUUGAUCUCAUCUAUAUGCUCAGCUACUUUGGCUUGGAGUUGUAUGGGUAUAUUGAAGGGGAUUUUGCAUUGGUGUGUGCAACCCCACCGUUGAAAAAGGUGCAACUAGACCUUGUGGGACUACAAGUUUGAUAUCAACCGAAUCUUCCCAACCCAGUUCCUUUUGCAUGCCACUGUUUCUUUUUCUUUUUUUCUGUUCUUUUCUUUUCUUUUUGUAAAACAUUUUGUGCUUUCUACAUUUUUUACGGGUAGGGUGGGGUGGAGGAUUAUUUUAUUUUAUUUUAUUUUGUUUCUUUCUCUCUU